UCAGUAGCUGAAAUUUUUAUAUUUUUAUACGGCCGAGUCUGACAGGACUUUUCCAUCUUCUCUGCGCCUUCGCUAUUGACUUCGCUCCGGAGACUUUUCCAAUGGGUUUUCAGACAGACUUCUCUCUUCGUACCUCUGUAACUAAAAAUCAAACGAGCUCUAUAAAAGGUUGUUCCUUUAUGAUCAUUAAUACCAGGGAAAGAGCAGAUCGCAAGCCAUGGAUUCAGAUUUUUCAAACCCUCCACAGUUCAGUGUUGGCCGGGAGCUUGCAACUUGGAUUGCUUUCUGUGGAAUCCUGCCCAAGGCUUGGGAGGCGAUACGUAGAAUUUCCAAAAAUAGAGAAGAUAGUUUUCUUCUGAUAAACGAUGAAGCUGUAGUAUAUGUUGCCUUCCCUUCGUUUCAUAAUGACGAUUCCAUUGUACCAGAUAGCAAAUAUGGAGAAUGCUAUAUCCAGAAUGAGAAAAUCUUCUCUGCCAGCCUCAGUGGUGACGAUACUAAACCGGCCCUUGUUCACAGCGGAGCUUUCAACCGAUUCCUCCAUAUUCUGGAAAGUAAGGAUUUCAAAGCCAAGAUGCAAGGUUUAAAGGAACAAACCGUUAUAUUUGUGGGCCAUUCUGUAGGAGGUGCAGUUGCAGCCCUGGCCACUCUUUGGUUUUUAGAAAAGCGGUUCAGAAACUCCUCUUCUUUUUGUAUUACUUUUGGUUCUCCUUUGGUUGGAAAUGCUACACUUCAUGAGGCAAUUGGGCGUGAGGAUUGGUUGGACAGAUUUUGUCAUGUUGUCUCCAAAUAUGAUAUUGUGCCAAGGAUGCACCUCGCACCGCUUGAAUCAAUUAAAAUGCCUUUGGAUGCAAUUGUGCCCAACUGGAGGAACAAAAUGGGCCAGGACCAUGUUGCUCCAUUACAACUUUCUAUUCCAGAAGCUUGCAGGAUUCUUCUUGAAAAUGUCCUAAAGUACACAUCUACAAUAGCAAACAAUUAUCCUGGAGAAUCUGGUGUUCGAAGCCCAUUUGUACCCUUCGGUACUUAUAUGUUCUGUUCAACCCAUGGCGCAGCUUGCAUUGAGGGUUCCGAAGCUGUACUCAAGAUGUUACACUUGACUAUGCGAAGCCAUGAAGGAAUACCAGAUGAUCAAACUGCACAUGUCUGUAUUUCAGAGCACACAGAUUAUGGUCGCAUGUUGGAAGUUAUCACUGAAGAGUUGUUAAAUGCCAGUCAGAUCGCAAACUUCGUUGCAAACUCCUUUGAGCUGGGAAUAGCCCUGGAAUUGGACGCAAUGGGUGUUGAAGCUCAGGAUGAUCAUGCAUUUCUUGCACUCAGAAAAGCUGGAGAAGAGAAAAAUGAGCAAGAUAUAAACAUUGAGAAACUCAAUAUGGAGUUGAGCAAGCAUCAAAGCUAUAUGGCACAGCUGGAAUGGUACAAAAUGCGUUCUAAGGACAAUGGCCCUGGCUAUUAUGAUGCUUUCAAACAGAUUGUUGAGAGGAAAGAUUUUUAUGUAAAUUUGGCUAGAAAAAGGUUGGAAGAAUUCUGGGAUAAGAUUAUUGAGAUGGAAGAGAAGCAUGUGUUGCCCAUUGACUUCCGAACCAGAAAUAAAUGGAUCAAUGCUGGUACUGCAUAUAGAAGACUUGUAGAGCCACUGGACAUUGCAGACUACUAUCGUACACUGAAGGGAAACAAAAGCUAUCUUUCAGAUGGGGCCCGACCGCAUCGUCACAUAGUUCUGGAGAAAUGGAUGAAAGAAAAAGAGCAAACUCGCGCUGGUAGUGGUAGAGGAAAAAAAGGCCGCACAAGUUUUGCGUCCUUAACUGAGGACUCAAUAUUUUGGGCUCGUUUGGAAGAAGCUUAUAAAGCCUUGAUAAAUCCCCAACAAGAGCAAGACAUGAAUGCCACUCUGAAAGAAAGUCUUGAGUUCGAAAAAUAUGCUGAGAGCAUGAUCAAAGAUAAGAGUGUUUCUGUUGAGGUAUUUCUGGAGCAGAGUAGCUUCAUGAUUUGGUGGCAACAAUACAGUCAUAUUCAAACCCAAUCCCCACAGUGGAAUUCAAGCUCUCCCUUAUUCAACUUCCUGGCAAGUGAGAGUUGGAAGCCAAAAGCUUAGGAGGGUUUUUUUAAUGCAGUAUAUCUAAUUAAUAUCAGUUAAUUUCACACUUAAUAGUGGUUCAGUUUGUCUGGUAGAUGGAACCCAAGUAAGUUUUGGUCUAAGUACCUUCUUGAAAAACAAUUAUAUAUUUCUCGUAAGUUUGUUUUUGUAUCUUUCUUUCCUAUUAGAUCUUUGGAUUCAAUGUAUUGCUGUAACUAGCCCCCACGGGUUAGAGUAGUUGGUCCUAAGUUUCGGGUUUGCUCUCUGGGGUCUUGGGUUUGACUUUCUCUCUCGGAAUUAUUCUACCACGGACACCGGAGGCGGUGCUGAUGGCACCGUGGCAUCAGGGAUUAGUCUCGCCCCUUGCCUGAACCAGGGUAAGGUCGGGGCGCUGGGCUGGGGCCGGGGCCGCGGGGAUACCCCAACGACAACAAAAAAAAUGUAUUGCUGUAACUAGUUGAUUUGUGAGGCUUUUCUCUUGUAUACAUUUGUCAUUGUUUCAUGUGGAAUAAUAUGGGUGGAUACGAGUAAUUUAUGCGUUA